AUGGCAUCAGCAAGGCAGUGGGCGGGCGUCCGUGGGGACUGCGGUGUUGGCGGAGAGGGCUUGUGGGCCUUCUGCGUCUGGAACGAGACUGGCGGUAAUCUUCGCAUUGGCUGGUCGACUGCUAACGCCAAGUUGGCACUUGGGACAGACAGGUUUUCGUGGGGCUUCGGUGGAACGGCUACCAAAUCCCAUGCUGGCAACUUCGAAAAGUUUGGCCAAACCUUUGGCAAGGACGAUGCCAUCACCUGCUGCCUGGAUCUUGAGAGACGUGCCAUUCUUUACUUCAAGAACGGCCGAGAAAUCCCGGGAGACGCGUUCACUUUCGGUAAGGAACUCUCGGGCGAGCCUCUGUUUCCCCACGUUUAUGCCAAAGAAGCUACGUUCUCUGUGUCCUUUGAUGGGAGUGGUGGGGCCCCUCCGUUGUCCGGCGGCUUCAAGUGGAUCGCGGAGGCAGGGAGCCUCCUGGUACCCCAUUCCACCCGAAAGUCGGGUGCGGGGCCUGCGGAAGUAGCCCAGGAUGAAGGCGGCGACUCAGGCCCCAAGUUUGUUCUAACGCCCUAUGGAUGGAGGACCGUGGAGCAAGCGGGAGGCAUCACCCAGGAAUGGCGAACAUCCCUGGAUGCUUACGUCAGACACUUCACAUCGAGUCUGGAGCUGGAGUACGAGGCGGAGAGGCAGGCUGUGCUGGAGAAGGUGCAGAAGCGAAGCACUCGCCAGCUGCAAGACGAGGGCUUGUGUGGCGAGUUCGAUCCAGUUUACGGCCGGGUGACUCUGUGGGCAGACGGUUGGCGCAUGCCUUACCUCUCUGAGAUCAAGUUUGGCCGCGCAGUUUUGCUCAGUACCACAAAUGGUGGCGUCGACCUGGAGGACCCCAAGAAGACGAUCUCCGCAGAGGUUGAGAGCAUCAGGGAUGGGACAAUUAUCCUCAGCACUCCCUAUGAAAGAUUGCCUUCAACGGGCAGCGGGAAUGAUUUGUAUAGAGUGGACCUGGGGCCCAACAUCAUCGCGAACAAGCGCAUUGACCGCAUGCUGGAUGAGUUGCAGAGAUGUCUGGGUGUAGACCAGGCGGCAAACCCCAGAGAUUCAAUCCAAAAGCUGAACUACAACGCCAAUCUGUGUGGUCUUCUCCUACCUGGGGCUCCACUCGCAGAUGCGCUGUACGCGGACAUCAGCGAGUCCUCCGCCGCCGCGGCUAAGUGGGAUCCGCUGACCCGGGCCGCCCCGAACCCCAAAGCAGACAUCAGCCGCGCAGCGAAGGAGAAGGACAUCGGGGCCGAGAAGUACACUGCGCACAGCGACAUCCAUAGUGAGAAGGACUUGAAUGAGUCGCAGCAGAACGCCAGGGACAUGGUCCUGGAACAGAGGCGCAGAUUCACUUUGGUCCAGGGUCCACCCGGCACAGGGAAGACCACCACUGCAGUGGCCAUCAUCGCAGGCUGGCUGAAGAGCAACCGAGGGCCGGUGCUCGCAUCCGCUUUCAGCAACAAGGGCUGCGACAACGUGGCGCAACAGCUCCACGCCCUAGGAGUCAAGGUGCUGCGGAUGGGGCUUUGCUCCGCCAAGGAGCCCUACUCACUCGAGACAAGGCUGUCGGAGCUGGGGCUGCGUCGUGGCGACAAGGGCAUGAAGGCCGUUUUUGAUAGUGUGGACGUGAUCUGCGCUACCUGCAUUGGCUGCGGGAUGGGUCCACUCGACAGCAAGACCUUCCCCUUCAUCGUCAUCGAUGAAGCAGCCCAGGUGAUCGAGCCCGCUGUGAUUCUCCCCCUUGGGAAGGGUGCCGUUCAGGCUGUGAUGGUGGGAGAUCAGUGUCAGCUCCCUGCCACAGUCCUCAGCCAGGAAGCCCAAUCCAAAGGCCUUGACAUUUCCAUGUUCGAUCGAUUGCUGUCCAUGGGUAUGGAGUACACGCUCCUGACGGAUCAAUACCGAAUGCACCCCUCAAUCAGUGCCUUCCCAUCCUGGCGCUUCUAUCGGGGGGAGCUGAAGAAUGCGGUGACGGAUGCGGACCGACAGCUUCCGCACGGCUUGCCCUUCCGAUCCCCGCUGGUCUUCCUACACGUAGAUGCAAUUGAGAGUUCCGGUGGAGCUUCAAAGAAGAACGAGCCUGAAGCAGACUGUGUGGCUUGGGUGGUGGAGCAGGUCAUGCAGCAUGGCAUUCGGCCGGACAACAUCGGUGUCAUCUCUCCAUACGGAGCGCAGGUGAAACUGAUACAGCGGUCGCUGCCAUACGAUGCCCAGCUUGCGGUGCAGGUGUCGACCGUAGAUGCUUUCCAGGGCAGCGAGCGAGAGGUCAUCGUUUUCAGCCUUGUGCGAGCAAACCGCCGCGGCGAUGUGGGCUUCGUGGCGGACUGGCGGCGACUGAACGUGGCCCUGACGCGCGCCAAGCGUCUCUGUGUGGUCAUCGGCAAUAUUCCCACGUGGAUGCAAACGGAGAGUGCCCUGCUACGUGACUGGUUGGGCUUCCAUCAAGUUGGCAAAGCAGAUGUCCGAGCCUUCAGGGGCUACAACGUCACGGCUUUGCCCGCCGACGUGGCCGCCAAAGCCAACUCAUUGCGCCAAGACUUUGCUACGAAGAACCCUGCACCUUCCAAGCUGGCCCGGGCGCAAAAGGCUGAAAGGAACGUCUCUGUUGCAGGGAAGAAAGCGCGGGAGAUCACGCAAGCACUUGAGGAUGCCAUCAAGGCACAUGACGAGGUGGUGCUGAAGAGUGUCAUCUCGCAAGCAAAAGAGGCCGGCAUUGAGAAGAGCAUCAUCGAUGAGGCCGAAACAGAGCUUGAGUCGCUGGGGGCCUCCAAGAAGCUUUCGGCCGCCAUGCAGAGCAAAGACCCCACCGCCCUGGUGCAAGCGAUUAUCCUGGCAAAGAUGACUGGCGUUUCAGAAGAGCGAGUCCAACAAGCAGAAGACCUGAUGAAUGAGCUUGUCGUACCCUCUGAGGAGCAUGGCCGCUCAUUCUACGCCCCGGCCCCGAAGACGGAGACGGAGAGCAAAGCCGAGGAGGCGCCAGCGCCGAAAAAGAAGAAGAAGAGCUGGGCAGGUCUUCUGAACACAGGCCCCAAGUAUGCCGGCCGAAAUCGCGAGGACGAUGACGCUGAGCCCGAGCCUGUAAAGGCGCCCGAGCCUGAGCCCGCUAAGGCUCCG